UUAUAUUGUGGUAUAUAUAGCGUGGAGAAGUGAGAAAGUGGUAGAGAGAGAGGAAUGAUAUAAAUUUUUAUACCAUGAGUGAUGAUGGUUUUAACAAACGAAUAUUAUUAUUAAACUGAGGGGUUUUGGUUUCUUUCUAUACUCCAACUUACGGAGUAAAAAACAUGAAAUUCAAAGGAUUUUUUUGUUUUUUUUUUUUAAAUUCAAAGGUUGGAGUGGCGUGUUGGUGCACCCUGCAGGCUGCAGAUUACAGACUACAUACUACAGGUUUACAGCAGAGCAUCAUCAAUUCAGCAGUACGUAGACUGUACGGAUUAGAUAAGUCCAAAAAGCCUAAAAUCUUUUCCAAUUUCAACUAACACAAUAUUUAUGCUUUCAAAAAAAAAAAAAAUAUUUCUCCCCACACAUUAACCGUUAACCUUUCAUCACAUCAAUAUCGACGGCCAUAAAUCCAUACCAUUUACUACGGUCUAUCUUAAGUAAGUAGACCGUUCACACUGAAUAACUCACUCUGUAGUCAAUUAACCGUCUAUAUAAAGCAACUUUCAGUCUCCUUCUCUUCAACCUCGCUCCACCAUUUCAUUUACAAACCCUAGCUGUGCAUAGCUACUCUCUCUCCAACCUUAGCCGAUUCAGGAAAUGUCGAACCAGAAUACUCACUACGUGGGGACAAUUGGGUUGAUAUAUUCACCGAAUGACAAUACCACUGUCAGCACAAAACAGAGCGGAGCUAGUACUGGAAACUAUGAGAUGACCACCAGGAGCAACAACUACGACAAGCAGAGUGGCAGCUACUUGCGCCAGACUGCUAAGGAGUCGUACUCAAGUGGGGAUUACUCUAACAGGGGGAAAACCGGAUACAAGGCUGAGUACAAGACUAGCUCAACUGUGAAGGUUGGCGACAAAGGAGGUUACACUGAGUACUACAAGCAGGAGAAGGUCACUAGGGUGAACUAUGACAGUGGCAGCAACUCUGGAGGUAGCAAGGGCAACUACAACUAUGGUGGUGGUGGCAACAAGUAUCUUUACUAAUGGCGCUCUCUAGGCUCGUAGGUUCCUCGUCAGGAAAAUAAAUCAAUUUAGGAAUUUGAUGCUCUAAUGUAGCUGAUCCAAAUACUAUCGUCUAGCAAUGGUUGAUUUGGAUAUUUGAUGUUAUUAUGCAGUUUUAACUUUGAAGUGAAACUAGAAUUGGCUCUUUUGGUCUUUAAAACUUAAAAGUAAUGGAGGUAGGAAAUUAAAUGUUUGAA